UCAAGCGCUGCCUCCGCCGCGGAAGCCGGUAGGCGAGUGGGGGAAAUCAAACCCAAAACAAAAGUCGGUGCUGGUGCGUCAGCAUUAUCCUUCUAGGCAUACAAAGCUUUUGGGACUAAAUGCUUGAGAAAUCAGACAUGUGAAUCUGAGAAAAAUCUCUCGCCCAAUCAGCUGCAAAAUAAAACUUUGCCAAGGGUGGAUUGAAGCAAGCUCAUGUAGUGUUUUAUUUCUGCCAAUGAAGUAAAUCUCACCAGUCACAAUGGAUGGAAUCCUGUUGCGAACUGUGCCCAUGCAACAAGAAUGACAUCAAUGACAGAGGUAAAUGCACAAGCAGCUCACUCCAUUGCUAUAGAGCGAUUUUUCUCGUAAUUGGGAAACUGACUGUAUAAGCAGAUUCCAAGAAGAGAAUAUAAGAAGCUACAAGAAUGUUAAAAAGAAUCAUCAUGUUUGCAUAGAAAACACAUGGGAAAAUGGAACUUGACCUCACCAAAGAUGAUCUGCCUUUAAUGGCCAAUACUACUGACAUGCUGGUGAAGCAUUAUGUACUGGAUCUGGAUGUUGAUUUUAAAAGUCAUGUGAUUGGGGGCAAAAUAGUUCUGUUCUUUGAAACUCCCAGCAGGUGUGGGAGAGAAAGCAGUGAGCAAGCGGAAGAAGGCUGUUAUUCGUGGUCAGAUGAAACUGGCGACAUUCCCAUGUCAAAUGUGAGCGCCUGCUCACCUAAAAGUGGAUGUAAUGAUUUGGCUGGCUGUGGUAAAGGUGAAAAUGAUACUUCUGAUAAAAACGGUAGCUAUGGCAACAGGGAACAGGCUUCUGGGAUUUCUAGUUCAAAGAACUGCUGUGACAUUGAGAUUCAUGGGAGUGAAGAUUUCUUGCUGGUCCUGGACUGCUGUGAUUUAUCGGUGCUAAAGGUUGAGGAAAUAGAUGUUGCUGUUGUCCCGGGCAUUGAGAAAUUUACAAGCUCUGCCAAAUUGGUGGGUACAUCUAAGGAUGCAAAGAAUCUUAGGAACCAAAUCAUACAUGAACUUGUGACAUUAUCUGCAGAUCACUGGAAAGAGCAGUUUCACUAUUACAAGCGCUGCAGCCAAGCGCCUGCUUGCGGAGAGCUUCACUUUGUUACUGGCCCUUGGAGUCUGGAGAUCCGGAAAGCAGGUGUUCAACAGCCAAAAGACUUCCCUCGUGCCAUAAGGAUAUGGUACAAAACAAAGGCGGAAGGAAAAUCUCUUAGCUGGACUACAGACCAGAGUGACAGGCCAUGUGUUUAUACUGUGGGGUCUCCAAUAAACAACAGGGCCCUUUUUCCUUGCCAAGAACCACCCGUUGCCAUGUCAACAUGGCAAGCCACAGUCCGAGCAGAUGCAAGCUUUGUUGUUUUAAUGAGUGGCGAAAAUGCAGCGGAAGUGACAGAAUCUGAAGAAGGUGAGUUAAACUGGUUUUAUUACGUGACCAUGCCAAUGCCAGCGUCCACCUUCACGAUUGCUGUUGGAUGCUGGGCAGAAGUUAAAAGCAAAACUUGUGCAGUAACUGCUGUUCAGAGGAAUGAUGGGUUCUUUCCACUGUUCUCAAAGACGGAUGUCAGGUUGUUAGAAGAAGCUUGUGGACACUUGCCAUAUCCUUGCCGUUUCCAAGAUCCUAGUGCUGCUUCCCAGGUAGUCAUUCCUUAUCGUCUCUUUGCUCCAUCCCACCUUGAGAAAUCCGGUGAAGAGGUUCUACUCAAGCUGAUCCCUCAGUGCCUCUCAGCUGCUUAUGAUCUACUGGGCACUCAUCCCUUUUCCCGGCUCGAUGUGUUGAUUGUCCCAUCCAACUUUUCCAGUCUUGGUAUGGCCAGCCCACACAUCAUCUUCCUGUCACAGAGUACAUUAUUUGGAGGGAGCCAUCUCUGUGGAACACGGCUGUGCCAUGAAAUAGCUCAUGCGUGGUUUGGCUUGGCUAUUGGGGCACGUGAUUGGACUGAAGAAUGGCUAAGUGAAGGAUUUGCCACUCAUCUAGAAGAUUUAUUUUGGUCAACAGCACAACAGCAGCUGUCUUUGGAUGAAGCAAGAGAACAACAGAAGUUAAAAGCUUUGUUGCGCUGGCAGCGUCUUAGAGAUGAGAUGCAGAAUUCUGAGGAGGAUCUGCAAGUAUUAAGGCCCAAGAAAGAAAACACUGGCAAAGUCAGUGAAUCUGGAGCAUCUGUAAUCAAACAUGGCCUCAAGGCAGAGAAAAUCUUCAUGCAGGUUCAUUAUCUGAAGGGUUAUUUCCUUCUACGGUCUUUGGCAGAGAAAGCUGGAGAAGCUGCUUAUUUUGCCUUUUUAAGAAAAUUUAUACAGAUUUUUCAUGGACAACUAAUACUAUCUCAGGAUUUCCUUUGCUUAUUACUGGAGGACAUCCCACAGCUAAAAGGGUCUGGCCUAUCAGUUGAAAACAUUCUCCAGAAAUGGCUUGACUGCUCAGGAAUCCCAAAGAGUACUGCAGACAGCCUGCAAAUGAUGUAAAGCAAUGAAUGGUUUUGACUCACCAAAUCCCCACUUUGUCGCCUCUGUGAUUCAUACCAAUGG